UUUUCUCACUCGCAUCUGGCUCUGGCUCAGUAGCUGCUCUCUGGAGAUGGAAGGAAAAGGGUCGACUCUGGUUCAUCUUCUAGUGGUGGUUCUCUGUUUAGUGGCUUUUGGGUUUUCCAUUGCCGCCGAGAGACGAAGGAGUGUGGGAACUAUGUUUGAAGAUAAGCUAAAGAAUGAGACGUACUGCGUCUACGAUUCGGAUGUUGCGACGGGUUAUGGAGUAGGGGCUUUCUUAUUUCUUCUUUCAGGUGAAUCUUUGCUGAUGGGUGUCACCAAGUGCAUGUGUUUUGGAAGACCCUUAACCCCGGGAGGCAAUAGGGCAUGGGCUAUCAUAUACUUUUUUUCCUCAUGGGCGACGUUUUUAGUAGCGGAAGCAUGUCUAAUUGCUGGUGCGACGAAAAAUGCAUACCACACCAAGUAUCGAGGGAUGAUCUACGCUCAAAACCUACCGUGCGAGACAUUGAGGAAAGGAGUGUUCAUUGCUGGGGCGGUGUUCGUGGUUGCAACCAUGAUUCUUAAUGUGUAUUACUACAUGUACUUCACCAAGGCGACAUCGACGCAAGGGUCUCACAAAGCAAAUCGCUCGAGCUCAACGGUCGGGAUGGCCGGGUAUGCCUAGAUUCAAUUGAAUUCAAAUGUGACAGGCUACUCAAAGCUUCCAUCUUGGCCAUCAUUGGUGGGUAAGUGAGAUGUGUUAAUGAUAUUAGAGCUGCAUAAUCACUUGUGGUUAGGAUAUAUAUAAACAGGUCACAGGUCAGGUCACGUGUAAGAAAAAGAAAUGAUUUUCUAAAAUUUUGAAGCAAUUUCAAGUGGUUUGGAAUGUUGAGUUCUGUCUCUCUCUGUGUAGUUGAAACUGAAAAUGUGAAGGUUAUAUUAUAUUUGGCGCUAUGGAAGAAGCAUGCUUCAGAAUGCCUACUUUCUUAAUUGAUA